AUGGUGUCUCAAAAUCCAGCGGGGACCAGCUCCCCAAAAAACUGGCCCCAAAACAUUCGUUAUAUUACAGCACCUGUGUAUCAGCAUACGCUCACUCCGGAACAACUUGCAUCUGUUCGAACCCGGAAAAAGGAGACUACAAACAGCAUUCCAGCAUCUGUUUCCAUAGGGCCAUGUUCCAUCGUGAAGAUCACACCAAUAUCUGACCCUUCUCACCCAGCGGCUGGUCAAUGUGGUCUCUUCACAGCAAGUAAUCUCAAGCCUGGGACAUUCAUACUACAAUAUCUGGGCAAGAUCCAUGCCUCUCCCGCAUCUCCAUCCUUACCGAAUCUCACUAGCCAUGUCGAUCCUCAUGCCGGUUCCGAUUAUGAUCUCAGCUUAGACAGAGACCAAGGGCUUGGAAUUGAUGCCAACGAACUGGGGAAUGAGGCGAGGUUUGUCAAUGACUAUAGAGGCAUUGCCGAGAAGCCAAAUGCUGAAUUUAGGGAUGUUUGGGAUGAGAGGAGAAAGGAGAAAGGCAUUGGAGUAUUUGUUUUGCCGGAAGGGAAGAGUGGGAAAGGGAAGGGUAUCAAGAAGGGCCAGGAGAUAUUGGUUAGUUACGGUAGAGGAUUUUGGGGUGCGAGGAAAGACCCUAAUUGA